AAAGGUCAAAAUGGCCUCUGUUAUGGGAGAGACGAUGUUUGAAUGUUAGCAGUAAUUUCGAAACGUAUCUGCUCCUGAACGAGAUGAAUAGCUUCUCGGAGACUAACCGUAUCCUGUAUAAGAUUUCUAACGAGAUGAGAGAUCGGGAUCUUCAAAAUAUAAAGCACUUGUGCCACGGACGGAUACCUUUGGGCGACCUCGAAAAAUCGGAGAGUCCAAGCAUCUUGUUCCAGAUCAUGCUUCAGAGACGAAUGAUAAGUCCGGGUAAUUUGAGUCAUUUAGAGCGCUUGUUGACUCAGAUUGGUAGAGCAGAUCUAGCUGGUAAGAUUCAAACGAAUGGUAACGACACCACGAUGGAAACAGAGAGCGCCGUGUCUAGCAAUCCAAUCGACAAGAGUUAUAAAGCUUUCCUGAUGAAACUUAGUGAUGAAUUAACGAGAGAUAACGUCGACUCGUUGAAGUUUGUUUCUGAUUUACCGGAUGGCAUUGAUGAAAAUGUGCAGAAUGGAAAAGACCUCUUCAAGUAUAUGAUUCAAUGUGGCAGUAUUGGACCUUGUAAUUUGGACCACCUUGCUGACAUUUGGAUAACUUGCAUGUUUUAUCUUUUUAAUUUAGGAGGUGUAAGUUCCAGUGCGGCCAAAAUUGACCGGCCAGCUCAAUCACCAAUCAAUGACCAACGCCCAUUUGCAUCAACUCAAGCCCCACCACUCAGACCUUUAGUUACUGGGAAGCAGCCAAUAGUGCACCAGAUGGGUGAGACAAGACCACUAAGUGCACCUUUACUUUCUCCUGCACAUUUCAUGGGUGGGCGGGAUGGAGGUCCAGACAGCAUUGAACCUCGAUUCCCUGUCCAGGCACUGGCUAAUCCAGCAGAAAUCGUUGCUCCCAUGCGGCAACUAGGGGUUGACGAGGAAGAUGCAAUGCCUUCCUAUCCCAUGAGAAACCGGCCACGUGGUAUUGCACUGAUUAUAAGUAAUGAACACUUCCAGGGAAACCCUGAUUUGAGAGACCGCCAAGGAAAUCAAAAGGAUGUGGAUCAGCUCCGUGAACUAUGGGAAUUCUUGCAUUUUGAAGUAAUUGUCAGAGCAGAGCUGCAGUCACAUGAAAUGUAUGAUUGUAUGAGAGGGAUCUCAACGAUGGAUCACUCAAACUUUGACUGCUUUGUUUGCUGCUUGCUUAGCCAUGGAGCCAAUGGAGCGAUCUAUGGCACAAAUAGUGAAUUGCUGGAGAUAAAUACCAUUACAUCCAUGUUCAAAGGCGUGGCCUGCCCAUCACUUGCUAACAAACCCAAAUUGUUCUUCAUCCAAGCUUGCAGGGGGGAAGCGUUUGAUCGAGGAGCUUGGAUUGAAGCUGAUGCAGUAGAAAGCAAUCCUGAAGAUGCCAUGAGGAAUAAUGCAGAGCCAAAUGAAAGCCAUUUUCUCUUGGGUUAUGCCACCCCUCCAGGUUAUGUCAGCUGGAGAAGUCAAAUCCAUGGCUCCUGGUAUGUUUCCAAGCUUUGUGAAGUGUUCCGAAAGUAUUGUGAGAGAUAUGAUGUGACGACCAUGAUGGUGAAGGUUAAUGAUGAAGUGUCAGAUGCAUUCACCAAAAGGGGUUACAAACAGUGCCCAGCUCCUGUUGUCACACUCAGGAAGAGAAUCUACUUAAACAAAAACUGAUUGGUAAAGUCUUUGCUCAAAAGUUACUCCUUAAACCCUUUCACUCUAAUGAGUGAUGAGGAGAGAAUUUCUCCUUACAAUAUCAAAACAAUUUCAAAUAGACUAGUGAUGAGAAUAAAGAAAAAUAUUAGCUAAGGUAAUAUUAGUUGAUCCAAUACCGAAUUCUCCAAACUGAGAUCUUAAAAAUUGUAUGGCCGUAUGUAAGGAGAAUUACUAAUGAGAUCUCAGGGGUGAAAGGGUUAAGUGAGCAAGGAAAGGAGGUAGAAACUGCAUGUCAAAUGCAGUAUUUUCUGUGCCUUUAGUUAGUAAAUAAGUCCCAUGUCCAUUUUCAGGCAAUUAUUGGUAGUAUUCCAUGGUAACUUGAGUUAGGUGGUACAAGCAUGAUUGUGCCUUUUGGUCAAAUGUAACAGGUUUCACUUUGCUUUGUUGUGUUAGUUAUUCGUUUCUUCUUUUUUCUCUUUUCACCUGCAUUUAAAAGUUGACUGGGCACCCUAAUAUCAGAAUGAAAUUCUCAAAGACACUUCCUACGGUACUUGCAGGGGUAAUUAGUCUAACUGGAGUUUGCAUCAUUUCCUUCAUUCUCGUGACCUUUAUGUUGGGAGAAAUUAGAUGCUCGUCACUGUUAGGGGUUAUAAGGUUAAGUAUAGUGUGAUUGCCUUGUUUUUCUUCCCUAACAUUUCUCCAUUUUCACUGACACUGUGAAGACAGUAGACCUAUAACACAGCAUAGAACGUAACUUGAGUGCGUUCAAGGGUUGACUAGAUCUUCUACACUGGUCAGCGGUAUGGAAUGUUAACUUAAAAAUUAUAAACUUUGAUAUGAAUGUUAUGGUGUUCAAUGCGUGCAACGAAACAAACCCGAAUUUUUUUUGCUUGGUUUAAUUUAUUAUGUCAUGUGAAAGAGAAUGCAUCAUGCGAGUGAAAACCGAAAUUGGAAGUACAACAUGGACGUUAUCACUUCUCAGCGGUGAUGGAAGGUGGUGCAAGUUGUUGUUGUUCCCGUCUGUAUUGUAAUGAAUCUUUUUUUAUGAAUCACGAAAACACGGGAACACAAAUUUAGUGCAACUUAAUAUUACUUACAUCUGACACUCAGUUGUUUAAAUUUCUAUAAUUUAAAGAUUUCAGAUUUGGCAAGUGUUAUUUAUCGGAUAAAUUAAGUGUCAGCAAAGGGCUGAAUUCUGCUCCAACUGAGGAGAGUGAAACAAGGGUUAGCGUUACCUUGUACAGCGUAUGUGCUUUACAUAAAGAAACUUGCGGAGGUUUUCGUAAGAACUAAGAUUUAUAAACCCAGCACUUGCAACGAAGCGUUAGAAAGUUAUUUCGUAGUGAAUAUAGUAAAGAAAAAAUUGCAUGACCUGCUUGCUAUUUUGUGAUGUAUGGUAAUUCUUAAUUUUUUUUAGAAUGCUUUCCAAAGUGUUUUCGCUAACGGCUUAAGCCCAUAAUGGUCACAAGAUUGUUCGCAUUCAUGCAAUUUCCUUAUCUUUUUACCAGUAAGAAUCAUAUUAUUGUCAUAGGACGACGUUCGGCCAGACUCUAAUGAUUGGAGUUCCUUUUAUGUAAACGUCGACAACUAUCAUUUGUUAAUCGUAACUAGUACAAACCACACAGGUGAAUAGUGCUUUUCGCGCGCGCUGAUUGGCUAUUGCGGAAGUGAACGACAAGUACCAUUCAUUUCCCAGCAGUCGGAGCAGCCGACGAGACAAAAUCGCGCGUCAAGAGUUUAACUUCCGACCAAUCCUUGGUAUAUUGAACCAAAUAAACAAUUGUUUUGGUAUGUGUGUAUUAUACAUGUAAACAUUUAUUCACCCCAGUGUCGGUGGUGUACUUUCACCUCGCCGCUUCGUGGCUUGGUAAAUAUCCAACAUUAUUCACCUCCACUUUGGCGAAUAUUUGUUAAGUAUUGUUUUAGAGUGUAUCGUAAGUAUUAAGUAUUGUUGGAGAUCCUUUGAAAAUUAAAGAAGUACACGUUAGGAAAGGAUCUUAAUGCGAUGUAGGAAAUAUAAGCAUUAAGUAAAAUGUUUUCAUUUUGAAAUUUUCAGCGUGGAGAACUUUUCAAACAUGCACGCUCGUGAAACUAAGAAAAGUAGCUUUUAGAAAAGUGGAGCGGACAGGACGUUGGUAGAAAAUUACUUUUCUCCGUUUGCUUCGAUGUAGUAAGAAGUCUAAUAAAAUUUUUUUAUAACCAGAA